AAUUUCACUACGCAUGGAGCCAUGUGAGAGUUAUGAAAGUUGCAACCAGAUUAUUUAACUGCCGCACUGUCUGGGAGACAGAUGAAUAUACGUACAGAGCCUUACUUCAAGUGAUCUCAUUAUAAGGUGACAUGUUUGGCGUAGUGGUCGUGGGCAUUGGGAUUGCGGGCCGGGUGAGAAUCCGUGACCUGCUGGCUCCACUGCCCUCCAGCGCGGCAGAGAAGAUGAGCGUGAAGGGAUUUGUCUCCAGGAGAACCCUGGGGGAGGAACAGGGCGUGAAGCAGAUCUCACUGGAGGAGGCAGCGGAAAGAGAGGACAUCCAGGUGGCCAUGGUGUGCACAGAGAACACGUCCCACGAGGAUCACAUCAGGAGGUUUCUGGAGGCAGGGAAGCACGUGUCUGUGGAGUACCCCAUGACCAUUAACUACAAAGCCGCAGCUGAACUCCAUGACCUCGCCCAGCAGAAAGGUUUGAUCCUGCACGAGGAGCAUAUUGAGCUGUUCACUCCGGACUUUAAGCAGCUGAAGAAGGACGUGGCUGGGAAGACACUGGAGGAGGGUUUUCUACACUUCACAGGGGGUCCUCUGAAGGCCGACUUUGGCUUCCCUGCCUUCAGCGGCAUCUCCCGCCUCACCUGGCUGGUGGACCUGUUUGGCGAGCUGAGCGUCAGCUCCGCCACCAUGGUGGAGGACAAGGAGAAGAACUACAUGAAGAUGACCGCGCAGCUACAGACCCAGGAGCAAAAGUCCAUCACCUGGGUCGAGGAGCGUGGGCCGAACCUCCCGCGGGCGAAGAGCAUCAACUUCCGCUUUGACUCGUGUUCCAUGACAGAGCUCCCGAACGCCCCCAGGGAGCCUGUGGGCCUCUUCAUGCAGGACAUGGUGCUCCUCGGCCAGAAGCUCUCUGGCCAGCUGCCCCCUGACCAGCUCCAGGCCGAGCAGAAACGGGUCCUCCACUGCCUACAGCUGGCAGACACCAUCCAGAGGCUCAGCCAGGCCAGGGCUUGAGGGAGACGCCCCUCACAGGGGUGCAGGGCGAGACCACACCACACUGGGCUGGGGAGAGCCAACCAACCUCGCCUGCAUGUUGGCUAAACAAACGCCUCAUCCCCACUCCUGUGCAUUGUGGGAAAUUGUGCAUUGUCCAUUGUGGACAUUCUCUCCAUGUAACUUGUGCAGGGGGGAAAAGAGGGGAAACUAACAUGAAGAUUUAAUCAAUGUUAUGCUAACAUACUCUUUCAUGACCUUAAAAGUUAGACUAACCAUGAGACUAUAAUUCCUAACAUCAUACUAACAAGUACAUUUGUUGAAAGUGUCAUGCUUUAAUAUUUAAUAUUCAGUAUGUGACUGGUGGAUGAUUUUUUUUUAAUUGUAUUUAUUUUGUAACAAAACACAAAAUGAGACAUUUCUGUGUGAAUACGAUGACUACGUCUAUAUCAUUAUAAAUCAAGAUGUUCAAUUUGUUUGAAGAUGCCACCAUGUUAAUGCAGGUGCCACCCACUCUCUUUAGCAGUUUGAUGUUUAACUAGAGAAGCUUCAGGUCAGACAUCCUAAACACACAAUACAUGGAGAUAUGGAUGCCCAUGGGCUCUAAACACAAUGUGCAGUGUAGACCAUUUUUUUUUUUUUUAAGGGGGUGGACGUUACUCAAGGCCCCUAUUCACAAAGACUCUUACGAUAGAAGUAGCUCCUGACAGGAAGAUUUAAGAGAUUCUCCAAAAAAUCAUGGGCGUGUCAGACUUAAUUUAAGGACUUUUUUUUAAAUCAGCAAAUUACUCCUUACAGUCCUUAGUUGUCCUUUCAGUGCUUGUGUUAAAACAACUCUAUUACUUGCAGACAGGCCAGAGGCGGGUAUACUAUGAAACUAAAGCCUGAGAUGCGUUCAAAUUCAGCAAGCAGAUGUAACAGUUCAUGUCCAUUGCCUUGUACUGUAGCUUGCCAUUUUGUUUACAGUUUAAAGUGAACAAUUGCCCAUAUGCCACGCACUUCCUUUUCAGCCAGCACAAACAUUUCCCAUUGACCAUCACCUGUAUUGUUUUAGCAUACAUGUUUACAUGGACCCGGUUGGGUAUUAAACCUAGUGAAUGAGCAUGUUAAAAUGGGAUUGAAGUUGAAUAAAGAGUUGCACUGUUGGUCAUAAACAAGAUGUUUAGUGUUGAACUGAACACGAAAGGAGCAAAAUAUAACAAAAGAUGCUGUUGCUGACGCUUUACCGGAAAUAAAUGUGCUGGCUGAAACAGCCUUUCAUUGCAUAUAGUCCAUUGACCAUUUUUACACAACAACGUUCAGAUGUAAAAGUUCAAAGAAAGUCUAUCAGGAAUGUUUGCCUUCAGGCAUUAAGCUCAGCAUAUUACUAACUAAUCUCACUUCGUAGUAUAUCCAUGAGGCUCUGAAAAUGAGAAACAAAUAGUGACCUCGACCAAGCCAUUAAUAAGUUAAGCCAAUCAACUACAGUAGCAUGGACUAAAGGGAUGUAAUUUGAUUGGCUGUUGAGCUGAAAUAGCAACCUUCUACAAAACUGAAUUGCCGACUAAUGAAUCUGUGCCUUAUCAGAAAGCUCUAAGCCUAGCAUAUAAGCUUGUCAUCUUAGGUUUAACUUUUUAUUCUUCAGACUAGCUGUGUGAAUUUCCACUGUGUAAUUCAGGAAGUGGUCAGCGGUCAUCAUUUCUGUGUUCUGGGACAGUACACACACGUUGACAGAACAUUCAGCUCAUGCUGCGAAUCCUGUACUGUCCAUACAGUGCUUAGCAGCUGUAUGGGACACAGGUUUAAAUACACAUCCAUAAUUCUUUUGAAACGUUUAAAAACACUGCACAACUUUGAAAGAGAGUUAUUUUGAGUUCUUUGAGUGAGUUAUUGUUUACUAAGGAUGUAACCUCAUUGUGCACACUGGGAUUAGACUUUUUUCUGUAUCAUGUUUAAAUAGGUGUUCAUUUUGUAUCCAUGUAAACAAUAAAUAGUGCCUGCAUUA